UUGAUGCUUUGAUUUAUCUAUCAAAUGCCAAUCGAAGGUGAUACUAUUUCGGUUACAAAUUCAAGACCUUUGGUGAGAGUUCCGGAGACAUGGAAAGCGUCAUACCAUUUAGGCAACAUCCACGACGAUUUGCGGGAGGCGGAUUCCCAGGCCUCAAUAUAUGGCGUUCGAUCGAUUGAAAAUGAACGCGUUACUAAUGCAUUGAUUAUCAUAAAAAUUAUUACACUGAUGAUACUAUGGUGCUUCUUUACAUACUACCUGGUGCUGCAAGAAUCCAAGCCGAUAGCCUCCGUGGUGGUGUUCAUCCACCCGAACGAGACUCUGGUUCGAAGUGUAAAGCUGCCCCACGACGCUGCCAAGAUCACCCUGAGCGGGUCCAUCGACAAAACACUAACAGCCACUCCGGGCAAGGCUAAGAAUGAACCCGCUGUUGGCCUCCGGGUGGAGUAUCGAGACUCGGACCUGAAUGAAACCUAUAAGCAAACUGACAUGUGGAAUGUGUACUUGAUAGACGAUGAGGAUAAGUAUGAGACAGUGCACAACCUUUUCGAAAUCUCUCCGGUUCAGGGUGAUGCCAAAGCGGUUAUCUCGAUAGAAGGAAAGUCGUCGUUCCCGGUGGCCCUGCUACUGAAUUCAGAUGCCUAUCCAGUGAUAUCAGACAAGGGAGUUAUUUACGCCACGUUGUUGCUGUUUGGACUAUAUAUACUUAUUGUCUUCGAGGUGACGGACCGUACGUUGGCGGCACUGUUGAUUGCCGCUGCUGCCCUUGCGAUACUUACGGCUAUUGGAAACAGGCCCACCAUUCCCAUGAUCAUCUCUUGGGUGGAUUUCGAGACUCUGAUGCUGCUCAUGGGCAUGAUGAUCAUGGUGGCAAUUCUUUCGGAAACCGGACUCUUCGACUGGCUAGCAGUGAUGGCGUAUAGGGUCUCCAUGGGCCAACCCUGGGGUCUGGUCAUAUUUUUGAGCCUGUUCACGGCCGUAUUCGCCGCUUUCCUUGACAAUGUCACUAUGCUGCUCCUGAUGGCGCCCAUUGCAAUCCGGCUGUGCGAGGCCAUGUCCUUGAAAGUGUCCCUGGUACUCAUAAUUGUGGUGGCCUACUCGAACAUAGGUGGUACCUUGACCCCGGUAGGUGAUCCUCCCAAUGUGAUUAUUUGCACCAAUCCGACCGUGCAACACGACAAUAUUAACUUUGUCAACUUCACUCUGCACAUGCUGCCCGGAGUCGUUCUCUCCACGUUAGCGGGCUAUGGCGUUAUCUAUGUAAUGAUGCGCCAUACCCUUUUCGAACUCGAUGAAAAGCAGAUCCUGCUGGCGAAGGAGCACGAGAUGAAGAGAGCCCUGCCCGAUGAAAAGACCCUAGCACGAGUGCAGGAGCUGAAGAACCGGCCAUCGCUGAUGAGGUGCCUCAAGCCGGCUGAAAACUAUUACAUUGUGCUGGCCAUCUUGGAGAACCAGUACAAGAUACGAAACGUACCGCUUCUAAUCAAGUCAUUGAUAGUUCUGACCUUCACCCUCGCCUGCUUCCUUCUGCAUUCACUGCCCCAAUUGCCGGGCGCCACCCUUGGCUGGGUAGGUGUCCUGUCUGCUUUCCUGCUUCUGAUCUUGGCCAACAUUAGUGACAUCGAGAUAAUCCUCGCCCAGGUGGAGUGGUCGGCUCUUCUCUUCCUCGCCGCCUUAUUCGUCAUCACUGAGGCGGUGGAAGAGUUGGGCUUCAUAGGUUGGCUGGGCGAAAAGACGGUCCAGCUGAUAAUGACAGUAGAGAAGAGACACCAGUUGACCGUGACCAUAAUGCUAGUUAUCUGGAUGACCGCCUUUCUAUCCGCCUUCGUGGGAAACGUCCCAGUCACCGCCAUGAUGCUGAAGCUCGUCCUCGAGAUAUAUCGCAACGAACAAAUUGAAGUGCCGCUUUCGCCUUUAAUUUGGUCGCUGUCCUAUGGUGCUUGUCUGGGUGGGAAUGGCACUCUAAUCGGUGCCUCGGCGAACGUGGUGGCUGCUGCGAUCGCGCACCACAACGGCUAUAGGAUCUCCUUUCUGUUCUUCCUUCUAUACGGAUUUCCUAUGAUGAUAAGCAUGGUUACGGUCACUUCUAUAUACCUUUUGAUAGCGCACUCAGUAUUCACAUGGCCCCUGACCGAAGGCGAAGAUUAAGCUUCUUGUAAUUAAUGGACAACCAAAUUAAAGUGUCAGUUUGUA